AAUUCCGAAGGAAGGUGGAAUUCGAGAUAAAAGCCUGCUUUUGUGUGUGCUGUGCCUUUUCUUAAGUGCUUCGUCGCUGCUCCUCCGCUGUCUCCCAGCCCAAGCUCAAAUCCACACCCACCCCCACAAGAAAAUCUCUCUCUCUCUCUCUCUCUCCGUGUCUCUCAAGCGUUUCCCAUUCCCAUGGGAGCUUGAACAGCGUGGGAGGGACCGGGAGCGAGACGCGAAGAAGACAUAUCUCGCUCUUCGCUUCGGCUCCGCCCGUUUUCCGGCGUUUCGAGGGUGUUUUUCCGGUGGGCUCUUUCCGUCUUCGUAUGAGCGCGAAGAGGGUAUAAGACAACAACUUUCGGUCAGAGAGAGAGAGAGAGAGAGAGAAACGGUUGAUUCAUGGCUUGGGAAGAGAGGCUGCAGAGGCACAAUGGUGGUGGGUUGCUGAGGAGGCUCCUGUUGCUCUCGCUGCUGGCGGCGGCUGCGGCCGCGACGGCGACGCCGGAAACCGGGGCGCAGGGAGGCGGGGCGACCCGGCGGAACGCCUACGCGACGAUGAUGUACAUGGGGACGCCGCGGGACUACGAGUUCUACGUGGCGACGCGCGUCCUCGUCAGAUCGCUCGCGAGGAUCGGGGUCGACGCCGAUCUCGUCGUCAUUGCCUCCAACGACGUGCCCCUUCGCUGGGUCCAAGCUCUGGAACAGGAAGAUGGUGCAAAGGUGGUAAGAGUGGAUAACCUCAAUAAUCCGUACAAGAAUCAGCCUCAUUUCGAUCGGAGAUUCAAGUUGUCCCUGAACAAGCUCUACGCGUGGAACUUGGUAGACUACGAGAGGGUCAUCAUGCUCGACGUGGACAACCUCUUCCUUCGAAAAGCUGAUGAAUUAUUCCAAUGUGGCCAAUUCUGUGCUGUGUUCAUCAAUCCUUGCAUCUUCCACACAGGCCUCUUUGUGUUGCAGCCGUCAGCUCUGGUUUUCAAGGACAUGGUUCAUCAGUUGGAAGUUGGUAAAGAGAAUCCAGACGGUGCGGACCAGGGUUUCAUCGGUGGCUACUUCCCUGAUUUGCUUGAUAAGCCCAUGUUUCAUCCGCCUGCGAAUGGCACUAAGCUCGAAGGAAAUUACAGGCUUCCAUUGGGUUACCAAAUGGAUGCUUCCUACUACUAUCUUAGACUCCGGUGGAACAUCCCCUGCGGUCCAAACAGUGUGAUCACUUUCCCAGGCGCGCCGUGGUUGAAGCCAUGGUACUGGUGGUCGUGGCCUGUCCUUCCUCUGGGAAUAUCUUGGCAUGAGCAGCGGCGUCAUACUCUUGGGUACUCGGCAGAAAUGCCUUUCGCGCUGAUCCAAACUGUCUUUUACCUAGCCAUGAUCGCAAUGACGCGUCUGGCACGGCCAAACUUCUCCAAGCUUUGCUACAGGCGGACCGACAAGAGCACCUCCUUAAUCCAGACGUCCCUCAAAGUGGUAGCCAUCUGGUCCAUCCUCGCCGCCUACACCAUCCCAUUCUUCCUCAUCCCUCACACGAUUCAUCCUUUGCUGGGUUGGAGCCUCUAUUUGCUUGGGUCCUUUGCUCUCUUGUCCAUCACGAUAAAUGCCUUUUUGCUCCCCACCCUCACGAUCCUUGUCCCAUGGUUCGGGAUCAUCGGGACCCUCUUGGUCAUGGCGUUUCCUUGGUAUCAGGACGGCGUUGUGAGGGCGCUCGCCGUGUUCGGCUAUGCAUUCUGCUGCGCGCCUCUAGUCUGGACAUCCUUCGGGAAGGUCAUGACGAGCCUUCAGGUAUCGCUUGAGAGAGAGGGGUUUCUCCCUAGAUUGGGUGAGUCAUCCCCAGCCCCGGGGUUCAACAAACUGUACUGAAGGUGCAUGUUCUGGACAGACACCUGAUGUUUAUAUGGGAUUGCAUCGGGAAGGGAGUUCCGCGAGGAAAGAACAUGGGUUCGGAAGUUGCCGGUCGGAAUGACUAGAGAUCACUCUUGUUUUGG